UGUAGAUUAGUUCAAAUCUCAGAGAGGGAAACAGGAGCGCAACAUUACGUUGUGCAGGACUCCGAUAUCACAUCAUCUCCACCGCGUCUCUACAGAUCUCCGUCGGCGCCGAGGAUAGACUCUUUUCUUCUAAAACAAUCUAGAUAAUCUCUUGCGAUCCAGACUUCAGUCUCAUUUAUCUUGUGAUUGAGACCGCGAGCAAUAAUGAGAUCCCAGUGGAGCCAUUUGAACCUGUAACCAAUGGCAACAGCCCAGGCCCUGUCCUUGAACCAGGACCCCAGCAAAAGCAUCUGUGCCGUUUAUCCAACAUCCUCUUUGGCAUCAGGUCGCUGCGUCAUGGGAAGUGUAGGCAGCCUAAUCGAGAAACCAGACGUGUCACCAACCAAGAGCAACAGAGCAGUUCCUCAAGUACCAGGACGUCAGAACCACGGCCUGCUCAAGAAGGGUUUCAACCAGAGAGAGCUUCUUAACUAUCUGAACAUAACCAAGAAGGAACCGAAGGGCAGCAAACACAUCAUCUCUGGAACAUCCUCCAUCAAGAGAGAGCACAGGAGAGAGGAGAACGACGUCUACACUAAGGUCUACCACCGGGAUGGAAAAGAGCUUGAUUUGGGAAAGAACUCACUUCCCAUAGGUGGCAAGUUUGACAAGCCACGUUUCAGGCCUUCCGCCUUUAAACCGGUCACCCCAAAAAACUUCAGUUCCAUGCAGAACCUCUACCCCAAGUCGGAGGAGCUAGAGAGUAGCUUAACCAACGGCAUGCAUCCAUCCUACACCAAAGCAGCGCCUAAAUCGUUGUCCACCUCUUCCUCGUCCUCCUCCCCUUCACGGCCAGGCACAAGCACCAGCAAAGGCGUGCUAGCAGCAGUCCGGGGCCUCAGCCAAGAAGAGGAGAACACGUCCGACUCGGGACACAACUCCAUGAACAGCCUGCCGCCCUAUCGGCCACCGUUCCGACCUCACUUGGGACAAAUCAGCGCCUCUAUGGGUCACAUCAACCACAUUGGCUCACUGGAUCGCACCUCGCUGGGCUCCAAGGGAGCAGCUUCAACAGUCACAGACGUGUCCUGUCAGAGUAUGGCUACGCUGAACCGCCUGCAGUGCUAUGGAAGCGAGGCCCCGCCCCCCUACGAGCUGUCACACUCUCUGGAGGACGUGGUGAAGGACCUGGAAGAACGUCUGCAGGAAAAGGAGCACGAGCUACGUCAGAUGAGGAGGAACUUGGAUGAGAGCGAAGAUGCCAUUGCACAGGUUUUUGAAGGGAAGCAGCGGCUCUGGGAAAAAGAAGUGACAGAACUGAAACACUUGUACACCGCCAAACUGCGUCAGGUAUCCCAGCAGUCCCAGCGUUCACAACGAAACCUGCAGCUGCAGCUGUAUAAGGUACAGCAGGAACGCAACCGGCUGCAGGAGGAGCUGGAUUCUGUCAGGCUGGAGUGCCAGACCCUGAAAAGUCAAAGCCCAGCGGGACAAAGCCAGAACAUUAAUCCCCAGCUGGAAGAAACCCAGUGGGAGGUCUGCCAGAAGUCAGGAGAAAUCUCUUUACUGAAGCAACAGUUCCGGGACUCUCAGGCAGAGGUCACACAGAAGCUGAGCGAAAUCUUCCUCUUAAAGACUCAGCUGCACGAGGCACGUAAUCAGAUCCGGAGCAAGGACAGCCAGAUCGACAUGCUACAGAUUGCCCUACAGGGUGCCCGGCGGAAAUGCCCCCUGCCUGCUUUCGAGGACACUCGAGUGGAUGCGGGUGAGACUGGAGGAGCCAAUUCCACAGAGGAGCGUCUCAGAGCUGAACUGCUGCUGGAAAGGCGCCAGAACGAGGCGCAGACUUCAGCCUUUGAAAAUGAGAGAAGAACAUGGCAGAACGAGAAGGAGAAGGUGAUACGGUAUCAGAAGGAACUGCAGGCCAGCUACCUGGAGAUGUACCACAAGAAUGAUGCCUUAGAGAAAGAACUGGCAUUGCUAAGAGGGGGCAGGGCCAGAGUGGAAGAGGUGGAAGCAGGGGCCGGAGAUGAGGUCUGGGCUUUACAGGAAGCAAAGCCACCCACUGGUCUGCCCUGGAUAGAGAGGAUUGAGUCCUCUGAAAUUUGACUCUGCAAAUGUUCUUCAGCAUCUGAGAUUAGAUUGACGACAACAGCUCUGGAGUUUCACUUCUGAGACAAUGAAUAAACUAUGAAUAAAUAAUCUAUACUAUACAAGUUUGACCAAAAAGUGUACCAAAUAGAGGCGUAAGCUGAAUAUUAUGGGCUGUUUUGCAUCACAGAAGGAUUUAAAGAAAUUUUGUUGAAUCAUCAAAACUGUUCUUUUUGCAAAAAUUAAAUAAUAAAUAAUCUCAAAUUUAUUUUAAACACAAUCUUUGCUUUCAGAUCCUAAAUCAGUUACAAUGGUUUAAUUAAAAACCGAUCGAUGCUUUAAAUUAUCUUGACUGGAGUGUUCUAGCACUAUUAUUUCAUUGAUUCUAUAUUUUGUGCUUUAGGUACUGAAUAUUACAACACACCAUAUUAUUUUUUAUGCUGCCAUACUUUAAAGACCGACAUCAGAAGUGUGCAUUCCCUAAAAUGCAUGUUGCACUUUAAAAGAACAACUCAUGAGCUGUCCUUUGCAUUAGAAAAAAUGUCAACAGCUGAUCCAUAUAGAAGCAUUUCUGCUACUAUGUGUGUUGAUGUGCGCUGGUGGGCUUUUCUGUUCUUUUGCCCUAAGAUGUUUAUAUCUGCAUGAAUGUGAAAUGAACGUUCUGGAAAGUUUGAUGCCAUUGUGUGCACAGGACUGUCUAAACAUUUUCAUUGAUCAUAAGGGUAAGGAUAGAUCCUACGUUAUUAUAUCUUCACAUAGCAAACUAUACUGUGACUUGUUAAACUACUGAAUUUAAUCCUCUAUUUCAUGUAUUAAUUGUAUAGAUUUGCACUAUACAAGUAUGGUGCUCUUUACCUCAAAGUUGCAUAAACCUUGCCAUUUCCUUUAAA